AUGGCGAAGUCACGCUGCUGCUGUUCACUCAUCCUGUCGCUAAUCCUAUUGGCGUCGCCAUGGACGCUAGCCAGUGAUACGUACCAAGCUCCCAAGCCUAUACUGGUCCGCGUCAUCAAGGACGCCUCGACCUCGCUCUACACCAUGUCCGUCAAGACGGGCUCGCGCCUCGUCCUCGACCUCGGCGGCCCGCUGCUCUGGUCGACGUGCCUCGCCGCGCACGCCACCGUCCCGUGCCGCUCCGACGUGUGCACCGCCGCGGUGCAGGAGAACCGGUGGAACUGCACCGCCGGCGGCGGCGGGGGCGGCUUGUGCGCGUGCUCCGCCUACCCGUACAACCCGAUCAGCGGCCAGUGCGCUCGCGGGGAUGUCACGACGACGCCGAUGCUGGCGAACGCCACGGACGGCGUGAACCCGCUGUACCCAGUGGCGUUCCCCGUCCACGCGGCGUGCGCGCCGGACUCGCUCCUGGGGUCGCUGCCGCCGGGCGCCGUCGGCGUCGCGGGGCUGUCGGACGGUCCCCUGUCGCUGCCGUCGCAGGUCGCGGCGUCGCUCAAGGUCGAGAGGAAGUUCGCGCUGUGCCUCCCCGGCGGCGGCAUCGGCGCGGCCAUCUUCGGCGGCGGGCCGUUCCACCUCCUGUCGGUGCCUGAUUUCGGCAUGCUCACGGACAGGCUCGGCUACUUCAACAUCACCAAGAACCCGAAGAACGGCAGGCUCUACCUCGACGCCGUCGGCAUCGCCGUGAACCGGCGCGGCGCCGACGUGCCCCCGGACUCCCUCGCCCUCGACGCCAGCACCGGCCGCGGCGGCGUCAUGCUGAGCACGGUGGCGCCGUACACCGCGCUCCGGCCGGACGUCUACCGCGCGCUGAUCCAGGCGCUGGACGUGGAGCUGCGCCUCAUCCCGCGCAUGCCGUCGUCGUGGCCGUUCGAGCGGUGCUUCGACGCGUCGGCGCUGGGGUGGACGCGCGUGGGGCCUCCGCUGUCGAACGUCGACGUGAUGCUGCGCGACGGCAGUAACUUCACGCUGCUCGGCGCCAACACGAUGGUGCAGGUGGACGAGGAGACGCUGUGCUUCGCGUUCGUCGAGAUGGGGCCGACGCCGGCGAUGGACGAGUCGCCGGCGGUGAUCAUCGGCGGGUUUCAGCUCCAAGACAACCUUCUGGUGUUCGAUCUGGAGAAGGGAACGAUGGGAUCGACCGGGCUGCUCUACUGGAUGCGGACUACGUGCAGCAACUUCAACUUCGCAUGGGGCACACCAUAG